CAAGUUACUAUAUAAAACUCCAACUUUUUCUAUCUGAUCUGUAUCCAAAUUCUGCCUAUAUAAGUGUGUUUUGCUUGUAACCUGCAAGUCAAGUAACUAUCAAAGAUACCACUAAGAGGGGUGAAAAAUCUACUGAAAAUAUUUUUCACUGAGUAGGCUUAGAGUUUCUAGUUUUAAUGGAAGAAGCUCCGGAGCAUGGAAAGUUUGCGGUGAACUUCACAGAAAAAAGUGUUGUCAAGGCCGCGAAUCCCUUGCCAAAGCCACAAAGACUCACUCUAUCAAAUCUUGACCUUCUUUCUGGCCGAUUUCCUGUCACAUACUUCUAUUUCUACCAUAAUCCUGAAAAGGUUUGCUUUUCCUCCAUCAUGGAGUCCCUAAAGAGUUCCCUUGCUGAGACUCUUAGUUACUACUACCCAUUUGCCGGUCAAAUAGUACAAAAUCCAAGUACUAAUGAGCCUGAGAUUAUAUGUGACGAUAAUGGUGCUUUGGUUGUAGAAGGUCAUGCCAACAUUUCUCUGAAGAAACUAGACUUCUACAACCUUGAUCAAUUUUUGCAAGGGAAACUCGUUUCUCUCAACACUGGGUUUCCUUUACAAGUUCAAGUCACCCGUUACUCAUGUGGAGGCAUCUCAAUAACAUUCACCUUUGAUCAUGCACUCGGCGAUGCAAGUGCCUUUGGUAAAUUCUUGGUUUCAUGGUCAGAAAUCGCUCAAAGAAAGCCAAUAUCUUGCACGCCAGAUCACAGGAGAAACCUUCUAGCACGCUGUCCUCCAACUUAUCAUCCUUCUUUGGAUCAAACUUUCGUAAAGUGCACCAUAGAAGAAAUAAUAAACAUCCCCACAACCCGGAUCUUGCUCAAGCGCCUAUAUCAUAUUGAUGUCUCCAGCAUCAAUAGGCUGCAACAACUUGCUUGUGCCAGCGGUAAUAAGAGAACUAAAAUUGAGGCCUUCUCAGCCUAUGUAUGGAAGAUAAUGGUUACAGCCAUUGAUGAAAGGCAUCAAAAGUGCAAGAUGGGAUGGUUAGUCGAUGGACGUGGUAGAGUUCAUGGAGCCGAGGAUUUAAUGUCAAAUUACAUAGGGAAUGUAUUAUCCGUUGCUGUUGCAGAAGCAACUAUUGCAGAACUGAAGCAAGGGUCUAUAUCAGAUGUUGCUAGCAAUGUUCAUGAUUCCAUAUCAAAGGUGACUAAUGAGGCACAUUUCUUGGAUUUGAUAGAUUGGAUCGAGUGUCACAGACCUGGUCUGAUGCUAUCUAGCAUUGUAUUAGGCCGAGGAGGUCCAGCCCUUGUUUUGUCAUCAGGGAGGAGGUUUCCAGUUGCUGAAUUGGACUUCGGAUUCGGUGGUCCAGUGUUGGGCACGGUUUGUACAACGGUAGAAAAAAUUGGAGUUGGCUACAUGAACCAAAGGCCUAGCGCCAGAAACGACGGCUCAUGGACUGUUUCAGCUAUCCUGUGGCCAGAACUAGCUGCUGCCUUGGAGUCGGACUCGAUUUUUCUACCUAUGUCAGCGAGCCUUCUUCGACUAUGAUGUUAUUCUAUGCAUCUCUAGGCGCCUGUUGGCUUACUCUAUGCAUGGAAAAUCUUAUUUCAAUUAUUGAGAAAAUGGGCUAAAACAGAAGGGCAUGGGCCCACUUAAUUAUAUAAUAUCACUGUGAAUAAAAAAAGCAUCAGGAAGCAAGCAUUGAAUCCCUCUCGUAUAUAAUUGGUGCUUUUCAGGCAGGAUAAAAUAAGUGGGCUUAUGUGUGAACCACUACAUGGACCAAGUUGCCUUCCCAAACCCGAAUAUCAAAGCAAGAAUACAAUAUAUCUUGAAGAGUUUCA